GACAUGCCGAAGUUAUUGGAUUCUGGUUUCACCAUUUAUGACUUUCCGUCAUUCCCACAUAGAGGCAUGCUGAUGGACACUGGUAGAAGAUAUUUAUCAGUGGAAACUAUAAUAAAGAAUCUUCAACUAAUGUUCUGGACGAAAAUGAACGUUUUGCAUUGGCACAUCUCGGAUGAUGUGAGCUUUUCGCUGGAUCUCGAAGGAUACGAAAAGUUGCAAUAUAAGAAUCCGACGCCACUCAGGAUAGUAAGCUUCUGUCGUAAGCCACUUGCUACCUGGGGUGCCUCUAGGACCUACAUCGGAGACCUCGGUUAG